GUAAAAUAUCGUUUUAAGAGAUUUUUCUUCAAACGCGCUGCACGUUAAGCUCUAUGAAGAAAUCUGAUUUGGUUGUACCUUAUAUGAAAUUUGUUGAGCUCUCGCGGAAAUGACUUGAGGAUCUCGUUUGCUUAUAUAUAAGAUCUAAUGGCAUGGAUGCACGAGUCGUGCUUCUUUUCUUUGUUGUAGGAAGUUGCUACUGUCAAAUUUUUCAAUACUUCAUCGUAAAUAAUAAAGAUCAAACAGCCAAAGUGAUCGACACAGUCAAGCUACCCACUUGUACGCAUUUGGAUCAAAAAGAUAAUGUAACAUUACGUGGUGGUAUUAAAGCCGGCAAGUUUACAAAGCAUGGUGUCGUGAAAGAUAUGAAAACAUGCAUCGAUGCUUGUUGUCAAGACGAGACAUGUGAUGUGUCUUUUAUGCCAGGUAACACAUGUUAUACAGUCAACUGCUAUUCCGAAGCUCUAUGUGAUGCCAUACCCGCCACACCGUCACAUUUAUCACCAGGAGGAGUGCAAAUAUCACACAUCAUCAGAGGGGGAGGGAAAGGUGAUGAUGUUGACGAGUUCCGCAAGAAAAAUGGCGUGAAUCGGAAUUCACUUCCAAACGGCGACAAAUGCGUGUUUAGUAGGGUGGCGUACAACCAUAGUAUUGUGGGUGGCAAGCAAGCAGGAGAAGUAAUUGAUCUCGGUAAAUUUAUUGACAUUCAUGACUGUGCUGACAAAUGCUGUCAACAUGAGAAUUGUGAAGUGGCGCAAGUGAUGGGGAACAAGUGUUACGCUGUGGAUUGUUACACGAAGGAUCUGUGUAAAAGUAAAGUGGGAUCUGUAACUGAUUCUCCCACGAUGCUUGUUUACAUGAAUAAAAGAAAUGGGAAAAGACAAAAGCACAAAGGCAGUUGUGGUAAAGAUUGUGCAAAUGGUAUUUGUUCCAAUGAUGGACACUGUAUGUGCGAUGUAGGGUUUAAAGGUUCCAAAUGUAGUGAAGUGGAAGAUAUAGGAAAGUGUGAUCCCGAUUGCGGACCACGCGGUUCAUGUUUGUCCAAUGAUACAUGCUCGUGUGAAGAAGGCUGGAAAGGCUACAAAUGCCAUCAACUAUUCACGUGUAAACAGCCUUGUGCCAAUGGUUACUGUAUCAACGAGAGAAAAAAUAUGUGCAAAUGUGACGUCGGUUGGACAGGAAAUCUGUGUAACGAAUCAACUUCAGAUAAGUUAGUUCUCGCCUCGUCUGGUGAAGAAGUGCUAUUCACAGAUUCUGAGAUUGAACCAGAAUUAGAUAUUAAGAUACACGAAUCACCCAAAGUACACGAAUCUGAAUCAAUUUCAGCAUUAGCGGUAGCCAUCUGUUGCGGUGUAGCAGCAGCUGUGUUGGGAACGGCCGCUGUAGUGUUUAUCGCGCGACAAAUGCUUGGUACGCGUCCUGUUCGGGCGUAUGAUUAUUUAAAUGUUCCACAAGAAAAACAGUAUUAUCAGCCAGUUAGAAGACAACAAUACCCAUAAUGCAACAGCUGUAUAUAUAUUUUUUUCGUAGCAUACAUUUUGUGAUAUAAAAAUAAUUUUUAUAUAA